GCCCAUUUUAUUUGGGUUCCAUUUUUCUUUGGUGGAGGGCCCAAUUGUGUUUUUACUUUGUUGACUAAAAAAAAAAGGAGAGUAAAAAAAAGGGGCUGGGCAGUGGUGCACUUACGGACAGAGCAGAAAAAAAAUAUCAGAAUUGAGAGAGGAAAGGUGCUGGUGCAGAAUUUACAGACCAGCCGCACAAAUUCGAUCAUCGCCGGAGAUCCAGCCGUUGGAUUGAGCUGAAAUUUUCAGAGGUUGUUCCCAACACUUAGGGCUUCAAUCUGUUCAAUUUUCACAUCAAUCGGAGCUACGGAUCUUCUGUAAUCGCAGCUGGUGCGACGCNUGCCUCUUAUGUAUGUUGUUGUUGGUGGGCUGUGACAUCCUUGUAGACUGAGUUUGGGUGUUUUUACCCUCAAUUUGCAUAAUAAGAGAAGAAGAGGGCGGACUCCCUAUAAGUCCCGUGGUUUUUAUCCUUCACAUCGAAGGGGUUUUCCACGUAUAAAAAUCGUGUGUCGUUUGCAUCUUUGUUCUUCAUAUUUGGUUGUGGUUUAUUUGAUGUGUUGCUGAUUUUAUGUGCUUGGUUAAUCAAUAGUGGUGAAUUGGGUUAAGUGUUUGGUUGGUUGUCUUGAAGUUGAUCCUUGUAGGUGCAUCCUACUUGUUGCUUCUCUCCCAACAUUUGGCAUCAGAGCAUUGGUUUAAACCGUAGAUAUGGAGUCUGGAAAUAAUUCUAUGGUUAAAUUGACAUCAACCAAUUAUUCCAUUUGGCGUCCUAUGAUGGAGGAUUUGUUAUAUUGUAAAGAUUUGUUUGACCCAAUUGAUGUGGAUAAAACCAAGAAGGAUGACAUGCCCACUAAACCUGAGAAGAUGACGGAUAAAGAAUGGGAAAAACUGAAAAGAAAGACCUUGGGAACUAUCAGACAAUGGAUUGAUAUUAGCAUAUUCAAUCAUGUAUCCCAAGAGACUGAGCCACUCGAGUUGUGGAGAAAAUUGGAGGGUCUUUAUGAGAGAAAGACUGCUCAUAACAAGGCCUCGUUGAUUAAGAGGCUUGUUAGUCUCAAGUUGAAGCCGGGAAAAUCUGUUUCUGAGCAUCUUAGUGAUUUUCAAGAUAUCAUUAACAAGUUGACUGUGAUGAAAAUUGUUUUUGAUGAUGAGUUGCAGGCUUUAUUCCUAUUGAGUUCUUUGCCAGAUAGUUGGGAGACUUUGGUUGUGUCUAUCAGCAACUCAGCUCCAGAUGGUGUGCUUUCAUUGGAUGUCAUUAAAGAGAGCAUGUUCAAUGAAGAGCUUAGAAGAAAGGAGAUGGGUGUUGACAUUUCACAAGCACUUGUGGUAGAGAAUAGAGGAAUAAGCAAAAGCAGAGGUCCCAAGGGGCGUGGCAAGUCAAAGGGCUGGGCAGUGGUGCACUUACGGACAGAGCAGAAAAAAAAUAUCAGAAUUGAGAGAGGAAAGGUGCUGGUGCAGAAUUUACAGACCAGCCGCACAAAUUCGAUCAUCGCCGGAGAUCCAGCCGUUGGAUUGAGCUGAAAUUUUCAGAGGUUGUUCCCAACACUUAGGGCUUCAAUCUGUUCAAUUUUCACAUCAAUCGGAGCUACGGAUCUUCUGUAAUCGCAGCUGGUGCGACGCUGCGUUUUUGGGUGAUAAUCCUGAUUUUCCUUCUCUAUUGUUGAUGCCUCUUAUGUAUGUUGUUGUUGGUGGGCUGUGACAUCCUUGUAGACUGAGUUUGGGUGUUUUUACCCUCAAUUUGCAUAAUAAGAGAAGAAGAGGGCGGACUCCCUAUAAGUCCCGUGGUUUUUAUCCUUCACAUCGAAGGGGUUUUCCACGUAUAAAAAUCGUGUGUCGUUUGCAUCUUUGUUCUUCAUAUUUGGUUGUGGUUUAUUUGAUGUGUUGCUGAUUUUAUGUGCUUGGUUAAUCAAUAGUGGUGAAUUGG